AUGGCUCCUCCACACAAAGAUGAAGAAGAAAGAUGGUCUCAACUUCAGAUGAAUGUGAUGGAGAUGAUCCUAAAGCACCUAACUAUAGCCGAUCAUAUCCGUGUUGGCGUUGUCUGUAAAUCUUGGUGGUCAACUACUUCAACCAUCGACUUCCUCCCUGAUUCUCGUGCUCCAUGGUUGGUGGUCUCCCCCAGCAGUCCGGCUCUUCGAAGAUGGAGCCUUUGCCCCGUCUCCAAUGGACGACGAAGCUUAGGCAUGGAGAUGCCAGAGGAGUUUCAAAGCCAGUGGUGUUGCAGGUCGUCCAAAGGCUGGUUGACGUUCUCACACAAUCCUCCAGAAGUUUUCCUUGGUUCUAAGGCUCGUCUCCUAAAUCCAAUCACGGGAGCUACACUCGAUAUUUCUCCAUGCAGCCACCAUAUCGAUAAGAGCAUCGUAUCGACAUCUCCGCUUGCGACAGAUUGUCUCUUCAUAACGUUGGGUAAUAGAUUCUUAGAACCAUACAAAAGUGUGACUGUACAUAAUCUACGAUCUCAUACGUUCAAGACAUUGGAAAUAGAUGACGAGCCCAUGGACAUAAUGUUUCAUCAUGGAAGAUUGUAUGUUCUGACUGACUCGGCAAAAAUCAAGGUCUACAUGUUCAAACCCCGACACAAGGCGUCGGUCAUCCCCAUUCCCUUUCUGAAUAGAGGAGAGGGAGAUCGUCAUUCUAGCUCAUUCCAGGGUAGGCUGGUGGGGUCCGAUGGUGACGUCUUCGUCGUGUACUACAACACCGACCCGAGAUCAGAGCUGCAACAGUUAAAGGUUUUCAAGGUCAGGAAGUGGGGACUAUGGCUUCGCGCAGUGAAGGUGAAUAGCUUGGGCGUUCGUACCUUCUUCAUCGGCGACUUCUCGGAGGGGGUGUCGGUAUCCAACAUGAAAUCAUCGUUAGAGUCGGAGUUGAUAAAGUCAAACUGUAUAUAUUAUCGAAGGAGUGUUAAAGAUAACUUGAGGAGGUAUUGCAUGCAGACUGGGCGUACAUUCCAAGUCGCGGGGUUGGAAGUGGCAGAUGAUUUGCUUGGAUGGUUUGCUCCCAUGUCGAGGACCGAUUGA